CGGCUGGCACCGCUCAGAUCUGCUUCUCCCCAGCUCGGGGCGCCGAGGCGGCGUCCGGGAGGCGUCUUCUGCAAAGGUUGCCUGGCGCUGUCCAACAUGGAGGAGGCACCGGCCGCGGGCGUCACCUGCAAGCGGGACUAACCCCCGCCUGGCGUUCCCGGCGGCGGUGCCCGGUCCCGAGCACAGGGACUCGGCCGCCUGCACGCCCCGCGGGGACGCCGGCUCGGGUUGCUCCUCUGGCCGCGGGCUUCUCGACUGGGACGCAGCGCCAGAGGGAGCGCGGCGGCCCCGAGUCUCUCUGAACCAUGGGCAACGAGGCGAGCUUGGAAGGGGAAGGGCUCCCCGAAGGGCUGGCGGCAGCGGCGGCGGCAGCGGCAGCCGGAGGAGGGGCUGGCGGGGCGGGGAGCCCCUUGCACACCGGGAUCCCGGCCGGCAUGGAGGCGGAUCUGAGCCAGCUGAGUGAAGAGGAGAGGAGACAGAUCGCCGCUGUCAUGUCAAGGGCGCAGGGGCUGCCCAAGGGAAGCGUUCCUCCGGCCGCUACGGAGUCUCCUUCCAUGCACAGGAAACAAGAGUUGGACAGUAGUCAUCCUCCAAAGCAACAACCAGGAAAACCACCAGACGCUGGGCGUCCAGCUCAGCCUGGCCUCAGUAAAAGUAGAACUACAGACACUUUUAGGUCAGAGCCGAAAUUGCCUGGGAGGAGUCCUUCCACCAUUAGUCUGAAAGAAUCAAAGUCCAGAACUGAUUUUAAGGAAGAGCACAAGUCGAGUAUGAUGCCUGGCUUCCUUUCAGACGUUAACCCUCUAAGUGCUGUCUCCUCUGUUGUAAAUAAAUUCAACCCAUUUGAUUUGAUAUCAGACUCUGAGGCAUCCCAGGAGGAAACCACCAAGAAAUCAAAAGUAGUUCAGAAGGAGCAAGGAAAACCUGAAGGAAUCACGAAACCUCCAUCACAACAACCAUCACCCAAGCCAGCCCCUAAGCAGCAAGGACCAGUUAGGGACCCACUUCAGCAGGAUGGCUCUCCCAAACCAGUAUCUUCUCAGCAAGCAGAAAGAAUUAAAUCACAACCUCCAGGUACAGGAAAGCCAAGUCAGGGGCAUGUCCCAGCUCCUCAGACAGACCAGGCAAAAGUGCCACUUCAGCGAGAUGCAGCCAGGCCUCAGACUAAACAGUUAGACACAGUCAGAGGAGAAUCAGUUACACCCUCACUGCAAAGCCCGUCCAAACCACCUCUUCAGCAUGCAAGUCCUGGGAAACCUCCAGCCCAGCAGCCUGGACCUGAAAAAUUACAACCUGGGGCUGCAAAGCAACCAGGGCUAACAAAACCUCUUACUCAACAGCCAGGGACAGUGAAGCCCCCAGUCCAGCUGCCAGGAACAGCAAAGCCUUCAGCUCAGCUUGUUGGGGCUGCAAAGCCUCCAGCUCAGCAGGCUGGGUCAGAGAAGGCUUCAUCUCAGCAGCCUGGGCCAAAGUCUCUUGCUCAGCCUCCUGGGGUUGGAAAGACUCCAAUACAACAGCCAGGGCCAGCAAAGCCUCCAGUGCAACAGCCGGGGCCACCAAAACCCCCAGCUCAGCAACCUGGGCCACAGUCUCCAGCUAAGCCACCUGGGCCUCCAAAGACUCCAGCCCAGCAGACUGGGACAGCAAAGGCUCUGGCUCAGCAGCCGGGGCCAGGAAAGCCUCCAGUUCAACAACCAGGCCCAGCGAAGCCUCCUGCUCAACAGCCUGGCCCAACAAAGACCCCUUCUCAACAUCCUGGUCCAGCAAAAACCCCUUCUCAACAACCUGGCCCAACAAAGACCCCUUCUCAACAGCCUGGCCCAGCAAAGACCCCUUCUCAACAGCCUGGCCCAGCAAAACCCUCAGCUCGGCAAUCUGCAGAGCCAAUAAGCCAAAUGGGAACUGGGAAACCUCUGCAGCCACCAACAACUUCUCCACCUGCAACACAGACUCCAUUACAAGGCCUCCCUAAAACCAUCUGUCCUCUUUGCAAUACCACUGAACUUCUUUUGCAUGUUCCAGAAAAGGCCAAUUUUAACACAUGCACUGAGUGUCAAACGACUGUCUGUAGCCUCUGUGGUUUUAACCCCAAUCCUCAUUUAACUGAGAUAAAAGAGUGGCUCUGUUUAAACUGUCAGAUGCAAAGAGCUCUAGGAGGUGACCUGGCUUCAAUUACAUCAUCACCCCAGCCAAAACCGAAGACUGCCCCUGUUACUCCUACAUCAGCAGUGAUCAAAUCAUCCCCCCAGUCACAGCAGAUUUCCCCAAAGAAGGAUACUGCUCCCAAACAGGAUAUCUCAAGGGCACCUGAGUCUAAAAAGCCACCACCUCUAGUGAAACAACCAACCCUUCAUGGUCCUCCCCAAGCCACUGCCAAGCAGCCUUCUGUGGCAGAGUCUUUGUCAAAGCCAACCCCUCCCAAAGAGCCUUCUAUCCCAUCUGAGCAGGCCAAGGACCCUGUUGCUGAUGACAAACCAAAGCAGCCCAAGACAGCAAAGCCACCGGCAGACAUCGUAUCUUCAUCCUCAGCAACAAAACCUGACAUUAAGAGCUCUAAAGUGCAGUCACAGGCUCAAGAGGAAACGACUCUGCCUCCAAAAGCAGACUCUGCCAAACCUUCACAGAGUUUUCCACCAACAGGAGCUACGCAGUUCGAUACUCAAGCCAUACCUCGACCUGCAUCAGAUUCAAAAAUUAUUUCACAUCCUGGGCCUACUUCAGAGAGCAAAGAUGAAAAACAAGUUGAUCCAGUUCGGAAGAAAGAAGAACCUAAGAAAGCACAAACCAAAAUGAGUCCCAAACCCGAUGCCAAGCCAAUGCCAAAAGGGUCACCACCACCUCCUGGACCACGACCUACCACUGGCCAAACCGUCCCUACAGCUCCACAGCCCCCAAAGCCUCAGGAGCAAUCGAGACGUUUCAGUCUGAAUCUAGGAAGUAUUACUGAUGCUCCGAAAUCUCAGCCUACCACUCCUCAAGAAAGCGUGACUGGAAAACUUUUUGGGUUUGGAGCGUCAAUCUUCAGCCAGGCAUCAAAUUUAAUUGCUACAGCAGGACAACCUGGCCCUCAUUCGCAAAGUGGGCCAGGGGCCCCAACAAAACAAGCCCCUCCUCCUCCACAGCCACCUACUUCUCAGGGGCCUUCCAAAUCCACAGUUCAGGCACCACCAGCACCUGCAAAGAUUGCACCUGUCAAAAAGGAAACAAAAGCCCCCAUAGCUGAAAAAUUGGAACCCAAAGUUGAACAAGUUCCAUCAGUAAAAAAAACAGAAACAGAAAAGAAACCUCCUCCACCUGUUAAGGGUAGCAAACCUUCAACCGUUGAGCCUCAAAAGGCAGUUCUUCCCCCUAAACCAGAGAAAACCUCCAAACCACAAACAGUCUGUCCUCUCUGCAAAACCGAGCUCAACAUAGGUUCUACGGAUCCUCCUAACUUCAAUACUUGCACUGAAUGCAAGAAUCAGGUGUGUAAUCUCUGUGGAUUUAACCCUACGCCGCACUUGACUGAGAUUCAAGAAUGGCUUUGUUUAAAUUGUCAAACCCAGAGAGCAAUAUCAGGACAGCUUGGAGAAGUGGGCAAAAUGCCACCUGCACCAUCAGGACCCAAAGCAUCCCCCACGCCUAUACCUACAGAACCACCAUCUCAGAAAACAGGAAUGCCUCCUCAAGUAAAAGUGAAAAAGGAAGAACAAGAAGUCAAGGCAGAAGCUGAAAAAGUCAUUCUGGAGAAAGCAAAGGAAACUCCUUCAGUUGAAAAACAUCCCCCUGAAGUAACCACAGAUCAAAAACAAGAAGAACGAAAACUAGAGAAAGACAAAGCUUCAACCAUUCAAGAAAAAAAGCCAGCUCCCAAAGAAAAGCAUCUACUCCCAGAAGAGAAAAAACUCACCUCUGAAGAAAAAAAGCCACAGCCUGAAGAAGGAAAGCCAGCCCUGGAAGAAAAAAAGCCAGCCCCUGAAGACAAAAAGUUACCCCCAGAGGCAAAAAUAUCACUUCUCCAAGAGGAACAGAAACAGGACUUACUUAAAACUAAAGUACAAAUUACAAAAGAAAAGGGUGACGACAGGGUGGCUCCGAAGGCUGUACUAGAAGAGGGACAGCCACACAUGAAGGUGGGAGAUUUGCCAGCUGGCCCUCCUCAGAGUGUGCCCAAGGAAGAUGAUAAGAUGACCAAAAAAGUGAAAGAACAGCCCCAGGCAGCGUCCACAGCAAAAUCUGAUCAGGCAGAACCUGGGAAAGAAAAAACAGAAAAGGAAGAUGACAAAUCAGACACCUCAAGUUCUCAGCAGCCUAAAAGCCCGCAAGGUCUGAGCGACACAGGAUAUUCUUCUGAUGGCAUAUCGAGUUCACUUGGCGAAAUUCCAAGUCUUAUUCCAAGUGAUGAAAAGGAUUUUCUCAAGGGACUCAAAAAGGACUCCUUUUCACAAGAAAGCAGCCCUUCCAGCCCCUCAGAUUUGGCUAAGUUAGAAAGUACAGUCCUAUCUAUUUUGGAAGCUCAAGCAAGUACUCUUACUGAUGAAAAGUCAGAAAAGAAAACACCACCCCAUGAGGUUUCUCCUGAGAAGCCUAAAGACCAACAGAAAACUCAGAUUGUAUCUGAAACCCUGGAAAUUACUAUUUCAGAAGAUGAGCUCAAGGAGAGUCAAGAAAAGAAAGACACUCUUAAAAAAGACAGCCAGCAAGCCAUUCCUUCUGGUAAGGACUAUAAAGAAAGGUCUGAGUUUGUUGAUGAUAUAACUAUAAGAAGAGAGCCUUAUGAUUCAGUUGAAGACAGUAGUGAAAGUGAAAAUUCACCUGUUCCACAAAGAAAAAGGAGAACUAGUGUUGGUUCAUCAAGCAGUGAUGAAUACAAACCGGAAGAUAGUCAAGGGUCAGGGGAAGAGGAGGACUUCAUUCGAAAACAAAUUAUAGAAAUGAGUGCUGAUGAGGAUGCUUCAGGUUCUGAAGAUGAUGAGUUUAUUAGGAAUCAGCUCAAAGAGCUUAGUAGUAGUAUUGACAGCCAGAAGAAGGAAGACACAAAAGGGAAAGGAAAAGUAACAGCAGGGAAACAUAGACGACUGACUCGGAAAAGUAGUACAAGCAUCGAUGAUGAUGCCGGGAGACGCCAUUCAUGGCAUGACGAAGAUGAUGAAACAUUUGAUGAAAGUCCUGAACUUAAAUACAGAGAAACGAAAAGUCAGGAGAGUGAAGAAAUUGGCAUGGCUGGACAGGGAGGACUACGCCGAUUUAAAACCAUUGAUCUCAACAGUACCAUAGCUGAUAAAUAUUCUGCAGAAUCAUCACAGAAAAAAACAACUUUGUAUUUUGAUGAAGAGCCAGAAUUGGAAAUGGAAAGCCUGACAGACUCACCAGAAGACAGGUCCAGGGGAGAGGGGUCUUCAAGUCUGCACGCUUCCAGCUUCACUCCUGGGACAUCACCUACAUCAGUGUCGUCACUUGAUGAGGACAGUGACAGUAGCCCGAGUCACAAAAAAGGAGAGAGCAAACAGCAACGCAAAGCUCGGCACAGAUCACAUGGCCCUCUUUUGCCUACCAUUGAAGAUUCUUCAGAGGAGGAAGAAUUGAGAGAGGAAGAAGAGUUAUUAAAGGAACAAGAAAAGCAGCGGGAAUUAGAGCAGCAGCAAAGAAAGAGUUCUAGUAAAAAAUCAAAAAAAGACAAAGAUGAACUUAGAGCUCAGAGAAGGAGGGAAAGACCAAAGACACCACCCAGUAAUCUCUCCCCCAUUGAAGAUGCAUCCCCAACAGAAGAAUUACGUCAGGCUGCGGAAAUGGAGGAGCUCCAUAGAUCUUCUUGUUCUGAAUAUUCACCUAGCAUAGAAUCAGAUCCAGAAGGUUUUGAAAUAAGCCCAGAAAAAAUAAUAGAAGUACAGAAAGUUUAUAAAUUGCCCACAGCUGUGUCUUUAUAUUCGCCAACAGAUGAGCAAUCUAUUAUGCAGAAAGAAGGUAGUCAAAAGACGUUAAAAAGUGCUGAGGAGAUGUAUGAAGAAAUGAUACAUAAAACACACAAAUACAAAGCCUUUUCAGCUGUGACUGAACGAGAUGAAGUGUUUGAAAAAGAGCCCUUGUAUGGUGGGAUGUUAAUAGAGGAUUAUAUUUAUGAAUCUUUAGUAGAAGACACGUACAAUGGAUCAGUAGAUGGCAGUCUGCUAACCAGGCAAGAAGAAGAAAAUGGAUUUAUGCAACAGAGAGGAAGAGAGCAAAAAAUAAGACUUCCAGAGCAGAUUUAUGAAGAUCCUAUGCAGAAAAUUACAGACCUACAGAAAGAGUUUUAUGAGUUAGAAAGCAUACAUUCUAUUGUGCCUCAAGAGGACAUUGUUUCAAGCUCUUAUAUCAUCCCCGAAAGCCAUGAAAUAGUGGAUCUGGGUACUAUGGUGACUUCCACGAGUGAAGAAAAGAAAUUACUAGAUGCCGAUGCUGCCUAUGAGGAGCUCAUGAAGAGGCAACAAAUGCAGGUAACACCUGGAUCCAGCCCACCCCAGCUCCCUAUCAGUGAUGACUUGACAGAGUCCACCAUGGACUUUGACCGCGUUCCUGAUGCAUCUUUGACAUCGAGUGUUCUCUCAGGAGCAUCUCUUACAGAUUCAACCAGCAGUGCAACACUGUCUAUCCCAGAUGUUAAAAUAACCCAACACUUUUCUACAGAAGAACUUGAGGAUGAAUAUGUCACUGAUUAUACAAGAGAAAUUCAAGAGAUAAUUGCCCACGAAUCACUGAUUUUGACCUACUCUGAACCUUCAGAAAGUGCUACCUCUGUCCCACCCUCUGACACACCUUCUCUCACAUCAUCUGUUUCUUCAGUUUGUACCACUGAUAGCUCCUCACCUGUUACUACCCUGGACAGCAUAACUACAGUUUAUACAGAGCCAGUGGACAUAAUAACUAAAUUUGAAGAUUCUGAGGACAUUUCUUCAUCGACUUAUUUUCCAGGCAGUAUUAUAGACUAUCCAGAAGACAUAAGUGUACCUUUAGAUCGGACUACCACACCAGGUGGUAGAGCUAGUGCUGAUCAUAUUGUGAUUUCCUUAUCUGAUGUGGCACCUUCUAUUAUAGAAUCAGUAGGAACUAAGCCCACAGAGCGACCGAUUGCUGACACUAUUUCCACUGACAUAUCUGUCUCUGAAAAAGACCCAGUGAAGAAAGCUAAGAAGGAAAUGGGGAAUGGAAUUAUUCUGGAAGUUUUGGAAGCUUACAGAGAUAAAAAGACUGAGGCUGAAUUAACAAAAACCAGCUUAUCUGAAACUGUGCUUGAUCAACCACUUUCUUCUGUAACAGCCCUUCCCAUAAAGGAGCCACUUUCAACUGCAUACUUUGUACCUGGAGAGAUCUUUGGUCAGGAAAAACCGGCACCUCCAUUACCAUCUGGCAGUCCUUCUGUUUCUGCUCUUUCAACUAAAACUCAUCCAUUCUUUAGAAGUUCUUCUUUGGAUAUAUCAGCCCAACCUCCUCCCCCACCUCCUCCUCCUCCACCUCCUCCUCCCCCACCACCCCCUCCCCCUCCUCCCCCACCACUUCCUCCACCAACUUCACCUAAACCAGCUAGUCAUCUUAGAAAAAAAGCAACAGCUCCAGCUCCAGUGACUCUAGCCACCACUGCUAUGCCUCUAUUUGAUGCUGUUACUACUGUAGAAACCACAGCUGCUUCAAGGACUAAUGGGUUACCUGCAACAAAAAUAUGUACCCCUGCACCUCCCCCUGUUCCUCCUAAACCGUCUUCAAUUCCAUCUGGACUUGUAUUUACCCAUAGGCCUGAGCCAAGCAAACCUCCAAUUGCCCCCAAACCAGCAGUUCCACAGCUUCCAGCAACUACACAAAAACCAACAGAUAUACACCCCAAACCAACAGAUCUAUCUUUAGCUUCGAGUAUGACCUUAAAUUUAGUGACUUCAGCAGAUUAUAAAUUGCCUUCCCCUACCUCCCCACUUUCCCCACACUCUAACAAGUCCUCACCAAGGUAUUCCAAAUCCCUCAUGGAAACUUAUGUAGUUAUUACAUUGCCAUCUGAACCUGGGACUCCAACAGAUUCUUCAGCUGUCCAACCAAUUACCAGUUGGCCCCUAGGAUCACCCCCCAAAGAUCUGGUUUCCAUUGAACCAGUGUUUUCUGUGGUUUCUCCUAUGGCAGCUGUAGAAAUUCCAAGCUCUUCAGAACAGACUCCAUACAUCUCUGAUGCUUUGGGGACAUUUUCUGCUGCCCCUGUCACAGCACUGUCUUCAUUUCCUGCAGCCCCCACCUUAGUUACACAGUUUCCUACAACAGAAGUUUCCAAGCCUGAGGUUUCAGCAACCAGAAGUACAGCUCCCAGCGUUGAUCUCAGCAGUGUCUCUAUAUCAAUUCCUCCAGAACCAUGUGCUCUAGGUAAUUUACAUUUAGAGAAGCUUCAGUAUAAGGAAGAUGGAAAAUUACAACUUGUCAGUGAUGUCAUUGAUUUGAGUACAGUACCAAAAGUAGAAAUUAAGACAACUGAAAAAUGUAUGGAUCUUUCUGCUUCUGCGAUGGAUGUGAAAAGGCCAAUAGCAACAAAUGAAAUAUAUGGGAGACAAAUUAGUGCUGUCCAACCCUCUAUUAUAAAUCUCAGUGCAACUUCAUUAGUGACUCCUGUAUCUCUGGUCACUGAGACAGUGACCUUUGUCACAUGCCCAGCUAGUGCAAGUUACACGACAGGCACAGAAAGCCUGGUAGGUGUACAACAUGCAAUGACAGCACCACUCCAGCUUACUACAGCAAAGCAUGCUGAGCCUUUGUAUAGGACAUCAAGUGACCAGGUCUUUCCCACAGUUAGGGAGGAAGCACCAAUAAACUUGUCUGUAGGUACUCCAGCACAUGCAGUGACAAUGGCUGUUACAAAGCCUGUCACUGUGCCUCCUGUAGGUGUGACAAAUGGAUGGACUGAUAGUGCCACAUCUCAGGGGAUCACUGAUGGAGAAGUGGUGGAUCUCAGUACAACCAAAACUCAUAGAACUGUCGUCACAAUGGACGAAUCUACGUCAGGUGUGAUGACCAAAAUAAUAGAAGAUGAUGAAAAACCUGUUGAUUUGACUGCAGGAAGAAGAGCUGUGUGCUGUGAUAUGGUUUAUAAAUUGCCAUUUGGAAGGAGCUGCACGGCACAGCAGCCUGCAACUACUCUUCCUGAGGAUCGUUUUGGUUAUAGAGAUGACCACUAUCAAUAUGAUCGAUCAGGGUCCUAUGGGUACAGAGGGGUUGGGGGGAUUAAACCUUCCAUGUCUGACACUAAUUUAGCGGAAGCUGGACAUUUUUUCUAUAAAAGUAAGAAUGCUUUUGAUUAUUCUGAAGGAACUGAUGCAGCAGUAGAUCUAACUUCAGGGAGAAUUACUACAGGUGAGGUAAUGGAUUAUUCAAGCAAGACUACAGGUCCAUAUCCAGAAACACGACAAGUCAAUUCAGGAGCUGGGAUUAGUACCCCACAGUAUUCCACAGCAAGAAUGACACCACCUCCAGGACCCCAGUAUGGUGUGGGGAGUGUUUUGAGGUCAUCUAAUGGUGUUGUUUAUUCUUCAGUAGCAACUCCAAUACCCUCCACAUUUGCUAUCACCACACAACCUGGUUCCAUUUUCAGCACCACUGUGAGGGAUUUAUCUGGCAUUCAUACAACUGAUGCUGUGACUUCCUUAUCCGCCCUCCACCAGAGCCAGCCAAUGCCCAGAUCUUAUUUUAUAACAACAGGUGCAUCUGAAACAGACAUUGCAGUAACCAGUAUUGAUAUCAAUGCCACUUUGCAAACUAUUACUAUGGAAACUCUUACUGCUGAGACAAUAGACUCUGUUCCUACUUUAACCACAGCAUCUGAAGUGUUUUCUGAAGUGGUGGGAGAUGAAAGCACUCUUGUAAUUGUUCCUGAAGAAGAUAAACAACAACAGCUAGACUUGGAACGGGAGCUCUUGGAACUAGAGAAAAUUAAGCAACAGCGCUUUGCAGAGGAACUGGAGUGGGAACGUCAGGAAAUUCAAAGGUUCCGAGAACAGGAAAAGAUCAUGGUUCAAAAAAAGCUGGAGGAGCUGCAGUCUAUGAAACAACACCUUCUCUAUCAGCAGGAAGAAGAGCGGCAGGCCCAGUUCAUGAUGAGGCAGGAGACGCUAGCUCAGCAGCAGUUACAGCUUGAGCAGAUUCAACAGUUGCAACAACAGCUACACCAGCAGCUGGAGGAGCAGAAGAUUCGCCAGAUCUACCAGUAUAACUAUGACCCUUCUGGGACUGCUUCUCCACAAACCACGACAGAGCAGGCAAUUUUGGAAGGUCAGUACACUGCCCCAGAAGGCGCUCAAUUUUGGGCAACUGAGGAUGCAACCACCACAGCUUCAGCAGUUGUGGCCAUUGAAAUACCACAAAGCCAAGGGUGGUACACGGUCCAGUCUGAUGGUGUUACUCAGUACAUUGCCCCACCUGGCAUCCUGAGCACGGUUUCAGAAAUUCCUCUAACAGAUGUUGUUGUAAAAGAGGAAAAACCACCCAAAAAGAGAAGUUCUGGGGCUAAAGGCCGAGGACAGUAUGAUGAGAUAGGAGAAAAUGGAGCAGAUGAUUCUCGAUCUUUUAGAAAGAUAGUGGACAGUGGUGUACAAACCGACGACGAAGACGCCGCAGACCGGAGUUUCACCAGCAGGAGAAGGAGGACCAAGAAGAGCGUUGACACGAGUGUCCAAACUGACGAUGAAGAUCAGGAUGAAUGGGACAUGCCCACUAGAUCAAGGAGGAAAGCUCGUGGAGGGAAAUACGGUGACAGCACAACAGAGGCGGACAAGACCAAGCCCCUUUCCAAAGUCUCCAGCAUAGCGGUGCAAACAGUAGCCGAGAUAUCUGUGCAAACCGAACCCGUGGGAACCAUAAGGACACCCUCGAUACGGGCGCGAGUGGACGCCAAGGUAGAGAUCAUUAAACACAUUUCAGCACCUGAAAAAACUUACAAAGGGGGCAGUUUAGGAUGUCAAACAGAAGCAGAUUCAGACACACAAAGUCCUCAAUAUCUGAGUGCCACAUCUCCACCCAAAGACAAGAAACGCCCAACACCUUUAGAGAUUGGUUAUUCAUCUCACCUCCGGGCAGAUUCCACACUACAGCUGGCUCCUUCCCCACCCAAAUCCCCCAAAGUCCUUUAUUCACCCAUCUCACCACUUUCACCAGGCAAAGCCUUAGAAUCAGCCUUUGUACCUUAUGAAAAACCCCUCCCUGAUGAGAUCAGUCCACAGAAAGUACUGCAUCCAGAUAUGGCUAAAGUUCCCCCGGCAAGUCCUAAGACAGCCAAGAUGAUGCAGCGUUCUAUGUCUGACCCCAAGCCUCUGAGUCCAACAGCAGAUGAAAGUUCCAGGGCUCCUUUUCAAUAUACGGAGGGCUACACGACAAAAGGUUCUCAAACCAUGGCACCUUCUGGAACCCAGAAAAAAGUAAAGAGAACUCUGCCAAAUCCACCUCCUGAGGAGACUUCCACGGGUACUCAGGCCACAUACAGCAGCAUGGGCACUGUUUCCAGGAGAAGGAUCUGCAGAACUAACACAAUGGCCCGAGCCAAGAUCCUCCAGGACAUAGACAGAGAGCUUGAUCUCGUGGAAAGGGAAUCUGCAAAGCUUAGAAAGAAACAGGCAGAGCUUGAUGAAGAAGAAAAGGAGAUUGAUGCCAAGCUACGAUACCUAGAAAUGGGAAUUAACAGGCGGAAAGAGGCAUUGUUAAAGGAGAGAGAAAAGAGAGAGCGAGCCUACCUCCAGGGAGUGGCUGAAGACCGUGAUUACAUGUCUGACAGCGAGGUGAGCAGCAGCAGGCCAGCCCGGAUAGAAAGUCAGCACGCCAUCGAGAGACCAAGAACUGCUCCCCAAACUGAGUUCAGCCAAUUUAUACCACCACAAACCCAAACAGAAUCUCAGCUGGUGCCUCAGACAAGUCCUUACACACAAUACCAAUACUCUUCCCCUGUGCUUCCUACCCAAGCACCCACCCCAUACACCCAACAGUCCCAUUUUCAGCAACAGACUUUGUACCAUCAGCAAGUUUCACCAUACCAAACUCAGCCAACGUUCCAAGCUGUGGCCACUAUGUCCUUCACACCUCAAGCUCAACCUACCCCAACCCCACAACCUUCUUAUCAGUUACCAUCACAGAUGAUGGUGAUACAGCAGAAGCCACGGCAAACUACACUAUAUUUGGAGCCCAAGAUAACUUCAAACUAUGAAGUGAUUCGCAACCAACCCCUGAUGAUAGCACCUGUUUCUACUGAUAAUACAUAUGCUGUUUCUCAUCUUGGUAGUAAGUACAAUACAUUGGACUUGAGAAUAGGUUUGGAGGAAAGAAGCAGCAUGGCAAGCAGUCCAAUAUCGAGCAUAUCUGCAGAUUCUUUCUAUGCAGAUAUUGAUCAUCACACUCCACGAAAUUAUGUCCUAAUUGAUGACAUCGGUGAGAUUACCAAAGGAACAACAGCAUUAAGCACCGCAUUUAACCUUCAUGAAAAGGAUCUGUCAAAAACAGACCGUCUCCUUCGCACCACUGAGACACGUAGGUCUCAAGAAGUGACAGAUUUUCUAGCUCCUUUACAGACUUCCUCCAGACUUCAUAGUUACGUGAAGGCGGAGGAAGACCCGAUGGAGGAGCCUUAUGAGUUAAAGCUUCUGAAACAUCAGAUAAAGCAAGAAUUUCGUAGAGGGGCAGAGAGCUUAGAUCACCUUGCUGGUCUUUCACAUUAUUACCAUGCUGAUACUAGUUACAGACAUUUUCCAAAAUCUGAAAAGUAUAGCAUCAGUAGACUCACACUUGAGAAACAAGCAGCAAAACAAUUACCAGCAGCCAUACUUUAUCAAAAGCAAUCAAAGCAUAAGAAAUCACUAAUUGACCCUAAAAUGUCAAAAUUUUCACCUAUUCAAGAAAGUAGGGACCUGGAACCUGAUUAUUCGAGCUAUAUGACUUCUAGUACUUCAUCUAUUGGUGGCAUUUCUUCCAGGGCAAGACUUCUUCAAGAUGACAUCACUUUUGGCCUCAGAAAAAAUAUUACAGACCAACAAAAAUUUAUGGGGUCAUCUCUUGGCACCUUAGGGAGUACCAUACGGUCAGCUCUGCAGGAUGAAGCAGAUAAGCCAUACAGUAGUGGUAGCAGGUCAAGACCUUCCUCCAGACCUUCCUCUGUCUAUGGCCUUGAUUUAUCAAUUAAAAGAGAUUCUUCUAGCUCUUCACUGAGACUGAAAGCUCAAGAGGCGGAGGCUCUAGAUGUUUCCUUUGGUCAUGGAUCACCCUCUGCAAGAACUAAGCCUACCAGUUUGCCCAUUAGUCAGAGUAGAGGAAGAAUUCCAAUUGUUGCCCAGAAUUCUGAAGAAGAAAGCCCACUCAGUCCUGUUGGUCAGCCAAUGGGAAUGGCCAGGGCUGCAGCUGGACCACUGCCACCAAUAUCUGCAGACACCAGGGAUCAGUUUGGAUCGAGUCACUCAUUGCCUGAAGUUCAGCAACAUAUGAGAGAAGAAUCACGGACUCGAGGCUAUGACCGUGACAUAGCAUUCAUCAUGGAUGACUUCCAACAUGCCAUGUCAGACAGUGAAGCCUAUCACCUGCGUCGUGAGGAAACAGAUUGGUUUGAUAAACCCAGGGAAUCUCGUUUGGAAAAUGGACACGGUCUGGACCGAAAACUGCCAGAAAGAUUGGUCCACUCUAGACCGCUCAGUCAACAUCAAGAGCAAAUUUUACAGAUGAAUGGGAAGACCAUGCACUACAUCUAUCCUCAUGCAAGGAUAAAAAUAACAAGAGACUCCAAGGAUCACACAGUUUCAGGUAAUGGAUUAGGAAUUAGAAUUGUGGGUGGUAAAGAAAUUCCUGGACAUGGUGGAGAAAUUGGAGCCUAUAUUGCCAAGAUUCUUCCUGGGGGAAGUGCAGAACAAACAGGGAAACUUAUGGAAGGCAUGCAGGUGUUGGAAUGGAAUGGAAUUCCCUUAACCGCUAAGACAUAUGAAGAAGUCCAGAGCAUCAUUAAUCAGCAAAGUGGGGAAGCAGAAAUAUGUGUAAGACUGGACCUCAAUAUGCUAUCAGAUUCUGAAAACCCCCAGCACCUGGAGCUUCAUGAGCCACCCAAAGCUGUGGAUAAAGCAAAAUCCCCCGGGGUUGAUCCUAAGCAAUUGGCAGCAGAACUCCAGAAGGUUUCUCUACAGCAGUCACCACUGGUUUUGUCAUCAGUAAUUGAAAAAGGAUCUCACGUUCAUUCAGGUCCUACAUCAGCGGGAUCCAGUUCAGUUCCCAGCCCUGGGCAACCAGGGUCACCGUCGGUGAGCAAGAAGAAGCACAGCAGCAGCAAGCCUACUGAUGCAACAAAGGUUGUCUCUCAUCCAAUUACGGGGGAAAUUCAGCUGCAAAUCAACUAUGAUCUUGGAAAUCUUAUAAUACAUAUUCUUCAAGCAAGAAAUCUUGUCCCUCGAGACAACAAUGGUUAUUCUGACCCUUUUGUUAAAGUGUAUCUUCUUCCUGGGCGAGGUCAAGUCAUGGUUGUCCAGAAUGCAAGUGCUGAGUACAAGAGAAGGACUAAAUAUGCUCAGAAAAGUCUUAAUCCUGAGUGGAAUCAAACAGUAAUUUAUAAAAGUAUUUCCAUGGAACAGCUCAAGAAGAAAACACUGGAGGUAACAGUUUGGGAUUACGAUAGAUUCUCUUCCAAUGACUUCCUUGGAGAGGUAUUGAUUGAUUUAUCUAGCACAUCUCACCUCGAUAAUACGCCAAGGUGGUAUCCACUCAAAGAACAGACUGAAAGCAUUGAUCAUAGCAAAUCCCAUUCCAGCCAGAGCAGCCAGCAGUCCCCAAAGCCAUCUGUUAUCAAAAGCAGAAGUCAUGGUAUCUUCCCUGACCCAUCAAAGGACAUGCAGGUUCCCACCAUUGAGAAAUCUCAUAGUAGUCCCGGGAGCUCAAAAUCAUCUUCGGAAGGCCAUCUCCGCUCGCAUGGACCAUCUCGCAGUCAAAGCAAAACCAGCGUCACUCAGACCCACCUGGAAGAUGCAGGGGCUGCCAUAGCUGCUGCAGAAGCUGCCGUGCAACAACUCCGCAUUCAACCAACAAAGCCUACCAAUCACCGGCCUGCAGAAAGCUCCGUGUCCACCGGCUCCUCGGGCAGCAGCUUUGGCAGUGGGUAUAGCGUGGACAGUGAAGGCAGCAGCAGCACCGCAGGGGAGACUAAUCUAUUUCCUAUUCCAAGGAUAGGGAAAAUGGGACAGAAUGGACAAGAGCCAGUAAAACAGCCAGGGGUAGGAGUCGGCCUAACAGACACUGAAGCUAAAACUCAGGUAAUGGGAGAAAUCAAGAUUGCGCUGAAAAAGGAAAUGAAGACGGAUGGUGAACAACUAAUCGUUGAAAUUCUCCAGUGCAGAAAUAUCACAUAUAAAUUUAAGUCUCCUGAUCAUUUACCAGAUUUAUAUGUGAAAAUAUACGUGAUGAACAUCUCUACUCAGAAAAAGGUGAUCAAGAAAAAAACAAGAGUCUGCAGACAUGAUCGGGAGCCUUCAUUCAACGAAACUUUUAGAUUCAGUCUGAGUCCUGCAGGCCACUCUCUUCAGAUUUUGCUUUUCUCCAAUGGAGGGAAGUUUAUGAAAAAGACCUUGAUCGGUGAAGCCUGCAUCUGGCUUGAUAAAGUGGAUCUCAGAAAAAGGAUAGUCAACUGGCACAAACUUUUGGUCAGUCCUACUCAAACGCACUGAAGGAACGUGUCUGCUCAGGGUAUAGAAACUGCUCUAAAUAACUGCAAAGGCGGUCUUAUAGUUGGAUACUAUAGUACUAAGCUACGUUUUCAGGGGCAAACAUGAGAGGCGACCAACUGCUGAAAGCAAACGUGAAGCCUUGUACAUUUAUUGUUAUGGAAAACACACACAUACAAAAGACUCACAUGAAACAGUUCACAUGUUAAAGACAAAAAAUUAAAAACUGGAGCUCUGAGACCUUUACUUUCUCAUGGCUGUCAAGAGACACAGAGACAUCUUAGUUGCUUAAGGUAAAAUUCUUUGAGCAGCAUUGAGCUGUAGCUUAAGACAGAGGCUCGAAGAUUAAUAAGGUUUCCAGUGCAAUACAAAGGUAAUCCUUUAUGCAAAGAAAUCUUGGUUGAAAGGAAGAAAUUAUAGAACAAAUCUUAGUUUUUAAAAGUUAACAAAAUCUUUCUUGUUCCUCUUCUCUCCUUGGACAGCUUACUGUUUUGAGCUUCUGAUAUAAGCCUACACCCGCAAUCUAUGUCUGGGACUAGGAGUGAGGUAGCUGUGUUAGUAGGGAAAAUGGGACAGGAGAUGAAGAAAUUGUGGUUAGGGAUCAUAUUGUAUCAGUUUUCUCUGUGUCUGAAUGUUCCAAGGGUGUACAACACCAAUUUUGGAAUCCAUAUGGUACAAGCACAAUUGUUUCAGUAAAAUUUGAAAUAAUAUAGAAUGAAGGAAAUAGCUAGGUAGAAAUAAAAUUAUAUUUAUCUAGAAAUAAAACCACGAAUGGCUAACAAAGAAGAAUGUUGUCCCACAAAAUAUUGGGAUUUUGAAUAAAAACUUAAAAAUCUCCAUAACUUUACACUAAGUCAAAUUAUUUUUAAUCUAUGUACCACAGGACCUAGAUUAAAUCAGUGUGUUCUAGGAAGCAUGAUAACUUAUUUUUUGUGGAAUUGCAAAUAAAUGUAUUAGCCUGAAUAUUUCUUUCCUCUUGAGUGAUGUAUUGACAGAGAAAGAAAAUUCUUCCUCUGGCAAAUAAACCAUGUUCACUUUGAGAUACCGAUUAAUUAAAUUAGUGUCAUUUCCUCUUUUCCAUAAUGUUGGUUCCUUUUUUCCCCGUAAUGAGUUAAUUCAUUAAAUGUGUCAUGAAAACCUGACACACCACUCCAGCUCUCCUUAGUGACACACUGUGAUCAAGUUCAUCCAUGUGGGGAAAACGUAUGAAAAGUCAACAUUAAUUAAAAUUAAAAUAUACUUUGAGUUGUGUCGAUAAGAUAGAAUAAAGCAACUAACGUCUGAAGACUAAUUUUAAGUCUUAAAAUGGAGCACGCUCUUCUCCAUCAUCAACUUUUGUAAGAGAAGUAACAUGGAGUUGUGGAAAACACCCUAGGCUGGGAGUAAAAGCCCAGCUUCUGGUCUUGGUUCUGCUGCUGACGAUGUCUCCUUGCAAGGUCACUGAAACCCACUUUCCCACUGUUUUCUUACCUGUAGGAUAAAAAUAAUUACACUGUAUAUUCUUCACCCUAAAAAUGGGAUGUUGGAAUGAUCAAAUCAAGUAAUGGGUGAAAGAUGAAAGUACAUUCCAAAUACGGCUUUACACAUGGCAGUGAAGAAUGACCAUUAUGUAACUUUUUAAUUCUCACAUUUUAUUAUGUGAAAAACAUUCUCUAAACCAAUGGCAAACAUUGGUAUGGGUAAAAGCAAUGAAUUAACUCUGAAACUCAUUUUUUUAAUAGAAGGUUUUAUUUAAUCUGAAAAAGGAUGAAUUUAAGUGAAAAUGAUUGGAAAAUUUUAGUAUCCUAAAUUAAAUGAAUUAUGCUAACCUUAUCACAUUCCCAAGUCCUACCCAAAAUAAGCAAAUCAAAUUUCUUCUAAAAGCAUUCUGAGUUUAAAAGCUACUGCUUUAUUCAAGGAUGAGGUGUUAGUGGGGCUGGAGGAAGCUAUCUCCAAAUUAUUGCUCAAAUGUUAAAUUUUCUCAUUUUCAAAAGAAACAAUACUUGAAAUUGGAGAGGACUAUAAAACACUACAGGUAAAAUAAUUUAUAUUUCUAAUAUAUCCCAGGCUAUAUAUGUUUAUGAUAUUCAUAAAGAAAUACAAAUUUACUCUUCCCCAAAGUAAGAAAGAUAACCAUCACUUCUCUCCCUCCAUCUUUUAUCCCCUUCAAUGUCAUUUGCCAUUGAUAUUGCUCUAAAAUAAGCACAGGGAUGGGAAUCAUCAAAGAUAAGACAUUGCUAGGAUUUUAUUUUUAGAAACUACUAGCUCUGCUGAUGGUUGCCAUGGAUAUUUCCAGCAGAAGCUAGCCCUUGAAAAAGCCUAUCAUCAUCACUCAUAAUUGAGGAAGAAAAGUCUAGUAUCUUCUGACAUAAAAAGGCUUUGCUAUUUACCCUUAAAAGUAAACCCUGGCUCAUCUUCAGUUGUCCAGAGGUGUGUACCAGAUGUUGAAUGAACGGUUAGCUUACUUCAUUCCAACUGCAAUUUCUUUUAGAAUACUAUAAAUGAAGGAACCACUAAAACAAAGAUCAUCUCUUGGUAGCUAUUUAACCUGAAAGAAUAGGAAUCUUUCCAUGAUAGGUGCCCCUCCAUUCCAAGGAAAUAGUGAUGGGGCCAGAUCCAUCAAGAGAGUUAAUGACAGGGCUUCUUUUUGUGCACCAGCAUCCCCCUUCAGAGAGCAGAAGAGCCUGCCAGUGUGCCAAGUUCACAGCUGACCAAACUCCUAGGUUGUACGGGAAUUAUUCUAUGCAACACUGAUCCUUCAACUAAUGCAUUUCUUCUGAACGAUGUCGAUUACCCUCCUUAAGACAAAACUAUUUCUUUUUUAAUUGCAAAUAGGGCUCUUGGUGUUUUUUACUUUUUUGUAUAUAUCACAGGACAUGGUUUUCCAGUUUUUAUUUUAUUUUAUUUUAUUGGAAUUAGUUUUUUUAUCCUAAUAGUGACAGAGUUUGUAAUCUCUAGAUAAUAUAUGAUUAUCCAAUUACAUCACUAAUACCUUGAAAAUUAUUGCAACUUUUCACCCACUUUCACUGAGUCAUCAGAGACUGAAGUUGCUUUUGGUUUAAAAUUUGGUCCUGAAGAAACUUUCAGCUGUAGAAGCAAAAGCACAGAAUGAAUUUUUACAAACGACAGGGAAGUCUAGGCUAGCCAUUACAGAUGCAGAUAACACUAGGAGCAAAAAGUUGUUUUCCCUGUUUCUGGUUAAGACUGAGGAGAUUUUAGAUGACUCUGAGCUCUUUGGGUACUAUUUCAGUUUAAAAGAAAAAUAUCAAAGACUAAGGGGUAGCAAUUUUCUUUACUCCUUAAUAUUGCCCAUAUUUUAAUAAAUCACACUAAUUAAAUGCAUAUUUUCAGCAUAUCAGUAGAAUUAAUUUUGUGGAUCACACACAUUAAAAUAGUCAUAUCGUGGGAAUAUUAUAGCUGGUAACCAGCUGAUAUUGAUUCUUAUUAUAGGAAUGGUUGUAAUGAUAGUGGUGGUAGAGGUAGUGACACUAGCAGUGAUGUUGAUGCGAAUAAAAUGAAAUUAUAUAUUAUAUUGUGCCCAAUUUGGUAGGAAUUAUCUGAUCAAUGCUUCAUUUCAUUAAAAUAUCACAAAGAUGUUUAUAGUAUUUUUUUACUUUAUUAUUUAAAUCAUAACUAACAAUAUUUUUAAAAACUUAUUUUCAUUGCUACAAUAAUCUAAUAGUCCAAGAUCAGCCAACUACCGCUAUGUAUGUGUUUAUAACUCUUAUGUGUGACAGAAGUGAUUUUCCUUCUUUUCAAGCUUGAAGUGAAAAGCGAAAGAAAGCUCAAUGAAUAAUUUAAAGCUGUUUCUUUAAUAAGUACUUGCCUUCAGUGUAACACAAUAAUGAAUGAGUGAAACAGAUAUUCUCAUUGAAUAUGAUACAAUGAUGUUUUCUGUGUUUCAUGUUGUUAUUAUUCAAGGUAUUCAUUAAGCAGAAAUUAUUUAAUCAAAUUCUUUAUGUAACAGCUAGAUUGAGAGAGUUUUCUUAAUUCGUUACCCUGUACAUAACUAUACAUUUGGUAAGAUAGACAAAGUUGAAUUGUUAAUUUCAUUUGGCAUUCAGCAUGUGAAUAUGAUUCUUGUUUGAUCGUGUCUGUACAUUUGUUCGGUGAUGAGCUCAGGUGCUCCCACUACUGAUUAAUGUGUGUGCUAAUAUCCUAACAACAACACAUGUGAUGUUAAAGAAAAAAAAAAUUCUUGUUUAAAAAAAUUAAGAAACAAAUACAUUUGAUUUUAAAAUAAAAAAUAAAGUACUUGGAGAUAUGUCUUGUUUCUGACUAUAUGUUGCAUGCUGUGGUGGUGAUUUGCUGAUGUGUUCUUUUUUUGUUUCACCCAAAUUCCUCUGGAAAGUCUAAUGAACAAAUGCAAAUUCUUGGGCAAAGGGUUGUAUAAAUUGACCUGAAAAUACAUGAAAACUGUAUUAAAGAAUGCUUGUAAAUCUGUCUUGAGUUUUACUCUAUGUAAAAAUAUGUCUUGGUUUGUGAUUGUAUACAAGAUGUAUCUUGAUAACUUAUGUAAAUUGUGCUGUAUAAAGGCUGUAGCUUCAGCCUUACUAAUAAAUAUUGAAAA